UUCAUACAUUCCUUAAUAUCCUUACAUUUCCUUCACGUCACUUCAUACUAUAUAAACCCCUUACAUUUUCUUACUCUCAUCAGCUCAGGUUUCUCUUCAUUCCUCUCUCUUUACAACAGCUUCUUUCUAAAUAAAUAGAGUCACCCACCACAUACAUUGUCUUCCGUUCAAAAUAUAUACAUGGGUUCAGUCUCAGAAACAGUUUGCGUCACAGGGGCUUCAGGUUUCAUCGGGUCGUGGCUUGUUAUGAGACUUAUGGAGCGCGGCUACACAGUUCGAGCCACCGUGCGCGACCCAGAUAACAUGAAGAAGGUGAAGCAUUUGUUGGAACUGCCAGGUGCAAAUAGCAAACUAUCUCUUUGGAAGGCUGACCUUGGGGAAGAGGGUAGUUUUGAUGAAGCUAUUAAAGGGUGUACAGGAGUUUUUCAUGUUGCUACUCCUAUGGAUUUUGAGUCCAAGGACCCCGAGAAGGAAGUGAUAAACCCUACAAUAAAUGGAUUACUAGACAUAAUGAAAGCAUGUAAGAAGGCAAAAACAGUUAGAAGAUUGGUUUUCACAUCAUCAGCUGGAACUUUGGAUGUUACUGAGCAACAAAAUUCUGUAAUUGAUGAAACUUGCUGGAGUGACGUCGAAUUCUGCCGUAGAGUCAAGAUGACUGGUUGGAUGUAUUUUGUUUCAAAAACCCUGGCAGAACAAGAAGCAUGGAAGUUUUCCAAAGAACACAACAUAGACUUUGUUUCCAUUAUUCCACCUCUUGUUGUUGGUCCAUUUAUUAUGCCUUCAAUGCCACCGAGUCUAAUCACUGCUCUUUCCCUUAUCACAGGAUAUGAGGCUCAUUACUCGAUCAUAAAGCAAGGCCAAUACAUCCACUUAGACGACCUUUGUCUUGCUCAUAUAUUUCUGUUUGAGAACCCUAAAGCACAUGGGAGAUACAUAUGUUGUUCACAUGAGGCAACCAUUCAUGAAGUUGCAAAACUUAUUAACAAAAAAUACCCUGAGUUCAAUGUCCCUACAAAAUUCAAGGAUAUCCCAGAUGAUCUGGAAAUUAUCAAAUUUUCUUCAAAGAAGAUCACAGACUUGGGGUUUAUAUUUAAAUACAGCUUAGAAGACAUGUUCACAGGAGCUAUAGAAACCUGCAGAGAAAAAGGGCUACUUCCUAAAGUUACAGAGACUCCGGUUAAUGAUACCAUGAAGAAAUAAAUAUGCUUUUGUGUCUUUGAUGGAUUGUGUCUCUUUUUCCUUUUUCAUUUGUGUUUUUUUUUUUAAGGAUCCUUUUUCAUAUGUUAUUAACUAAGGUUUAUGUUAUAUGAUGUCACUCAUAAUAAUAUUCAUGUUUAUGGGUCACGUUGUCUGUUAAUUAUAUAAGAACUAUAAUGAUAUAUGCUAUAUUGCUUCUAAA